GCGGAGAUCCAAUGCCUAUCCAUCUUUAAAUACUGUUUUCGCGGAUUGCUUUCAUAUCUCAUUUCACACUUUUCUCUCUACAGCAAAGAUCGGAUCUGCAGACUGUGUUGGCCAUCUUCAAUAUCUCUCAUUUUGGAGUUCAGAUCUCUCAAUCAAGAGUGAAAAAUGGCUCAAAUUCUGCUUCACGGGACACUCCAUGUAACGAUCUAUGAAGUGGAUCAUCUGCACGGUGGUGGAGGUGGUAAGCCGGGUAUCUUCAGGAAGCUUAUGGCGAACAUUGAGGAGACCGUUGGCAUAGGCAAAGGGACUCCCAAAAUCUAUGCAACUAUCGAUCUAGAAAAGGCUAGGGUUGGGCGGACCAGAAUUAUAGAAAAUGAACCCAACAGCCCCAGGUGGUAUGAGUCUUUUCAUAUUUAUUGUGCCCAUACAGCUGCAAAUGUUAUAUUUACUGUCAAAGAUGAUAAUCCAAUUGGGGCAACUUUAAUUGGAAGAGCUUACGUACCAGUUGAAGAACUCCUAGAUGGGGAAGAGACAGAUAGAUGGGUUGAGAUUUUGGAUGAGCACAAAAAUCCUAUACAUGAAGGUUCCAAGAUCCAUGUGAAACUACAAUUUUUUGAUGUCGCUCGAGAUCGUCAAUGGGCUCGUGGAAUUAGAGGCGCCAAGUUUCCCGGAGUUCCUUACACAUUUUUCACACAGAGACAAGGAUGCAGGGUUUCUUUGUACCAAGAUGCUCAUGUGCCUGACGGAUUUAUCCCAAAAAUCCCUCUUUCUGGAGGCAAGUAUUAUGAGCCCCAGAGAUGCUGGGAAGAUGUCUUUGAUGCACUCACUAAUGCAAAGCACUUGAUUUACAUUACUGGCUGGUCUGUAUAUACUGAAAUCAGCUUGAUAAGGGACUCCCGGAGGCCAAAGCCAGGAGGAGACAUCACGCUUGGGGAGCUGCUUAAGAAGAAGGCAAGUGAAGGGGUGAGGGUUUGUAUGCUUGUUUGGGAUGACAGAACUUCUGUGGAUGUAUUCAAGGAGGAUGGGUUGAUGGCCACCCAUGACGAACACACUGAAGACUAUUUCAGAGGUACUGAUGUGCACUGUGUCUUGUGCCCUCGUAAUCCCGAUGAUGGUGGAAGCAUAGUUCAGGAUUUACAAAUCUCUACCAUGUUCACUCACCACCAGAAGAUUGUGGUGGUGGACAGUGAGAUGCCUAGCGGAGGAUCACAGAGGAGGAGGAUUGUGAGUUUUGUUGGGGGUAUUGAUCUUUGCGACGGAAGAUAUGAUUCCCCAUUCCAUUCCCUUUUCAGGACAUUGGACACCGCGCACCAUGAUGAUUUCCAUCAGCCAAACUUCCCUGGUACUUCAAUCACGAAAGGUGGACCCAGGGAGCCUUGGCAUGACAUUCAUUCCCGGCUUGAAGGUCCCAUUGCUUGGGAUGUUUUGUUUAAUUUUGAGCAGAGAUGGAAAAAGCAAGGUGGGAAGGAUGUACUUGUUUCGCUGAGAGAGCUUGAAAGUAUUAUUAUUGCCCCAUCUCCAGUAAUGUACCCUGAUGACCAUGAGACAUGGAAUGUUCAGUUGUUCAGAUCCAUUGAUGGGGGGGCUGCGUUUGGCUUCCCUGACACGCCUGAAGAUGCGGCCAGAGCUGGUCUCGUCAGUGGGAAGGAUAAUAUCAUUGACCGAAGCAUUCAGGAUGCUUAUAUCCAUGCUAUUCGACGAGCGAAGCAUUUUAUAUAUAUUGAAAAUCAGUAUUUUCUCGGAAGCUCCUUUGGCUGGUAUUCGGAUGAUAUUAAGAUCGAGGAUGUUGGUGCUUUGCAUCUAAUUCCAAAGGAACUUUCAUUAAAGAUUUGUAGUAAGAUUGAGGCUGGGGAGAGGUUCACUGUCUAUAUUGUGGUUCCAAUGUGGCCAGAGGGAAUUCCAGAGAGUGGAUCAGUUCAGGCAAUAUUAGAUUGGCAGAAGAGGACAAUGGAGAUGAUGUAUAAAGAUAUUGUUCAGGCUCUCCAAGCUAAGGGAAUUGAGGAGGAUCCAAGGAACUAUUUAACAUUUUUCUGCCUUGGUAAUCGGGAGGUCAAGAAGAGCGGAGAAUAUGAACCUUCAGAAAAGCCAGAUGCCGAUACAGAUUAUAUGCGAGCCCAGGAGGCCCGGCGCUUCAUGAUCUAUGUUCAUGCCAAGAUGAUGAUAGUUGACGAUGAAUACAUUAUAAUUGGAUCUGCCAACAUCAAUCAGAGAUCCAUGGAUGGUACCAGGGAUUCAGAGAUAGCCAUGGGAGCCUACCAACCAUAUCAUUUGGCAAUCAGACAGCCAGCGCGAGGUCAGGUUCAUGGUUUCCGGAUGGCCUUAUGGUAUGAGCACCUUGGAAUGCUUGAUGACACCUUCGACUGCCCAGAAAGCACUGAAUGUGUCGGGAAGGUGAAUCAAAUCGCUGACAAAUAUUGGGAUAUCUUCUCAAGUGAGAAACUUGAACACGACCUGCCUGGUCACUUGCUCCGCUACCCCAUUGCGGUUGCCAGUGAGGGCAACGUCACAGAGCUGCCGGGAUUUGAGUUCUUCCCCGACACCAAAGCACGCAUUCUUGGUGCUAAAUCGGAUUACCUUCCUCCUAUCCUUACUACCUAAGCGGGGAACCCUCUACUUGAAAAACAUAGCGAACUCUUUUAACUUAUCCUCUCCUCAUUUUACAGGACCAGUGGUUCCUAGUAAGGAUAAUAAACUAUGUUGUGGCAUAAUCUGCAGAGAUGUUAUAAUUUUCUGCAUAUUUGUUCAUACUAGGUUUUACAAACGGUUGGGUUAUUGCUUUUGUGUGAUUUUGAUGCUCCGUAUUCUAGUCACUCAUCCCACUUCUUGUUAUUGAAAUGUUUUUGUUACUUGUUGAA